AUGGAGAGACACGUACAGACUCUACUCAACAAGCUCUCUGUUGUCUGCAUUACUAUCGCUACAAUCAUCUUCCUCUUCCUCAUCCUCCAGACCCCUCAGACCUGCAUACCCACCACCACCCACCCGCGCGUCCGCCUCCUCCGCUUCCCGAAAUCCUCCUGCGACUCCUCUCGCCGCGACUACGUCCCAUUCUCCAAGAAAAACGAGCGCCUCUGGUCCACCCGAGAUUGGAAGAAGAAGGUCAAUUCCUAUGCCCAAUUCUUCCGGAGUCUUCGAGAUCAGCGGCUGUUGUCCAAUCACAGCAAGGUCCUCUGCGUCUCCGCCGGAGCCGGCCACGAGGUGGCCGCGGUGUCGGAAGUGGGUGCCAGGGACGUCACGGGGGUGGAGCUGGUGGAGUCGCCCCCGCUGGUGAGCCGCGCCGAUCCGCAUAACUUGCCCUUUUUUUAUGGGGCUUUUGAUUUGGUGUUCAGUGCCCACCUGGACGAGGCUUUGUUUCCGGCGAGGUUCGUGGCGGAGAUGGAGAGGACCGUUCGGGUUCGUGGGGUUUGUGUGGUGGUUGUGGAGGAGUGCGGCGGUGAUGAGAUGAGGGGGAUUUUGAGGAUGUUUAAGCAUUCGGUGUUUGUGAGUGCCAAGAAUGUCACCUUGAUUGGAUUGAGAAUGACACAGAUUAUAAUGAGAAAUAGAAAUUCUUCUUGA